AUGACUUCUGUACAUUCGGCGGGUCCAUCAAUGCAAGUGUACAGCACCGAAGUCACCUCAUUUUCCCUUCCCUACGCUUUUUUGUUCAUUUUCGGAACGGCUGGCAACGUCGCUGUGCUCACUUAUGUUUUCUUUGUGACAAGAACGGGUAGAAAGCGAGUAGCUGACACGAUGGACGAGUUGUGUAUCGAGAUAAUGUCGAGGAGUGAGGAGGCGCCGAAUUGUGUUUGUCCAAACUGUGAGCAGCCGCUGUCGAUCAAGGUACAAGCUCAAAGCCAGACUGCUCGUGUUUGGGAUCACGGUGACGUCGCUCUCUUAGAGCUGGAAACGGAUAUUGACACCAGUGAUGAUCUUGGAAAGCGAGUAUGCCUCGAAGCCAGGGGCUUGACACUGAAAGAGCCGAUGCUCGCUUUUGGAAUGGGAGAUGGUAAAAUUCAAAAGUUGUCUAGCGAUGAACAAGACACCUUCUGCGGUCGCGGAAAAGCCACGACUAAGGCAAAUAUCCUU